AUGUCGGACGCAGGGUCUGAUGAGUUUGAUGAUGAACGCAGCAAACUAGGGGAAUAUGAAGGGGGCCGGAAUGAAGCAGGAGAGAGGCAUGGAGUCGGUAAAGCUGUUCUGCCCAAUGGAGACGUUUAUCAGGGAAAGUAUGAGAUUGGAAAAAGACAUGGACAGGGGACAUAUCGGUUCAAGAAUGGGGCAAGAUAUGUGGGAGACUAUUACCAGAACAUGAAACAUGGACAAGGCACCUUCUACUAUCCAGAUGGGUCUAAAUAUGAAGGGUCAUGGGUUCAGGACCUGAGACAGGGUCAUGGUGUUUACACUUACCCCAACGGAGACACGUAUGAUGGGCAGUGGCUGCAACACAUGAGGCAUGGCCAGGGCAUUUACCACUACCACGACACUGGCUCUAAGUUCAAGGGCUCAUGGGUGAAUGGCAAGAUGGAGUCAGCUGGAGAGUACAUCCACUCUAACCACAGAUACAAGAGUAAUUUUAUCAACAAUUAUCCGUUUGGUCCAGGGAAGUAUGUGUUUGACAUUGGCUGUGAACAGCAUGGUCGAUACCACCAAACAGAGCAGGACCGGGCUGAGGGUGAGUGGGGUGAAUUGGCCUCUACCACCAUCCUCAAAUGGAUUCCCAAAUGUAUCACUGGCCUAACACUGUGCACUCCAGUUAAAGAAACUCCAGGUGAACUUUAUCAACCCAAAAUGACUGUCAUGUAG